ACGCGGUCUACACGUGCGAUUGGCUGACUCAGCCAUCGAUCCCGGGAUGCAGCUCCGGCCUCCGAGAUCGAGCACCUCCCCAGGCUUUACCUGUUUUGCCGCUACCAGCAUGGCCCAGCGUGAACAUCAUCCCUUUGCGAUAGCACAACGGCAUCGAUGGGCGAAGCGGAGCCCGUCGAGCGCUCCCUGCUGUUUCGCAGCACCGAGGCGGCGCGGGAGCGGACGGCGCUGAGAUAUCUGCACGCCUGGCGCACCACCUUCCGCCCUGAACACCUCGACCGUCCUGCCUUUCCCCGCGAUGGCCGCGCCGAUGGCGAGAAGCCGGAGAGUUGCAAAGACACGGCCCUGGCUGCUUUUGCCCAGCUGACGGCGCUCAGGCUUCAAUGCCGUCGCUGCUUCGUCACGCUCAUGGGCAGCACGGUGGAGUACAUGCUCGUAGAGUCCACACGCUCGCUGAGCCUCCAAUACGACACGACCGAAAAUGCCCACGACGAGCUGUGGAUCGGCACGUCAAGCUGCUUGCGGGAGGAGGGACUGAACGGGCCUGCUUUGGUCCAAUGGCAAAGAGCACGACACUUGCGAGAGCCUCCACCGAGCGAUGAGUUCUACUACCGCGAAGGCACCACCGCCCACUACGCCAUCUACUCCGAUCUGACGAACAACGAAGCAUCAAAGGAUAUGGGGUUUUUGCGACGCGGCCCAUCCCAUCGCUUCUUCUUCUCCGUCCCUCUCCGUGACCCUCGCGGCGGCGUCAUCGGCGCUCUGACUGUGCUCGACGACAAGCCCCGCUACGGUAUCAGCGCCGCCGAGAUGAGUCUUGCAGAGGAGAUGGCAGACACGUGCGUCAAGCAUUUGGAGAAUACGGUCGUCCGGGUUGCCCGGCGGCGAGCGGCGCAGCAGAUUCAAGGCCUCAGUCUGUUCAAUCAGGGGAAAUGGAGUCUACGCGAAUGGUGGAUUCAGCAAGAGAAAGAGGGCGCGCGACGAGGCGGCCGGCAUUUGGGAGAUUUCACUGCCACCAACGCCGGAGAUCGAGAGCGUGCAGACGACGAGUUUGGGGGCGUGGGGUAUGACAGUACUCACGCCACGUCAAGAAAGGGACCCGCUGCGGCGGAGAAGGAGUUCCAGACCAAGAUUGCAUCGGAUGAGUCUGCUGGCGGCAUCAACGAAAGUGCGCCUGACACAGCAACGGAAGACUUCGGACAAAGCUCGACAGAUGGCGCCCGGCGAGAGAUGACAGACGACACGGCGGCGCAGAGGACUGCCACACAGCGAAGAUCGAGCGGAGAGGUGGCAAAAGACUUGCCAGCGGCAUUGCGCACAGCAUAUGCUCACGCGAGCAAUCUCAUGCGAGAGGCUCUUGGCGCCGAGGGCGUUCUUGUGGUCGAUGCUGCGUCCAUUGUCGCAAAGGCGGGCGAUGCUAACGCAUUGACAUCGGACAGUCACAGUCAGAGCCCAAGCGACAAGAGCGCAACCCCCAGCGAGUCAGGGUCCUCUGAUUCCGACAGCUCCGAUGGCACCUGCAAGGUGCUUGGCUUUUCCAGUCGUCUACUUUCAGGCCUCGCCAAGUCAUCGUCAUGGCGCCGGUACAGCUUGCGACGCGAUCGACUGUUGCGUCUGAUUCAUAGCCAUCCUCACGGGCGCGUCUUCAAUCUAAGCGAAGAUGGGAUGGUCUACUCGAGCUCGGGGGAAGAGCAAUCAUCCACCGCCGGCAGCGAUCUGGCCACAACGCCGGUGAAGCCCGUAACAAAGCAGCAACGUGACGGCAAAUACCUUGGUGGUGUCUUUGUCGGGGCACGCAGCAUUGCAUUUUACCCCCUCCGAAGUAAUGAACGCUGGCAAUCGGGCAUUAUUGUCUGGAGCAAUGACCGGGACCGUUUCUUCGAUCAAAUAGACGACCUCGCCUACCUCGCGGCUUUCGGUCAUAGCUUGCAGUCUCGAAUUGCCCAGCUGGAGGCUGCAGCCGAAAGCCAUGCGAAAGGAUCUUUCAUAUCGACCAUUUCGCACGAGCUCCGCUCACCCCUCCACGGCGUGCUCGCGGGCACUGAGCUGUUGCAAGACAGCGAGCUGACCCCAUUCCAGCUCGAAAUGACACACACCGUGUCGAUGGCGGCCAGGACAUUACUGGACACUGUGAAUAACAUCUUGGACUACUCCAAAAUCAGCAAUCUUUCGCGCACGCAGAAGGCCGAACGGAUCAAAGCCGACAACGCACGCCACCAGGAAGCUUCUGCGGCCGGAGACGUGGAGGAAAUGGGCGUUUCCUCGAACGUCGACGUGGCCCGCUUGACUGAAGAGGUCAUUGAAUCGCUUGUUUCGGCUUUUAGAUUUCAGGGAGUGGCUAGAAUAGCAGUGUCUUCUGAGGCUCUGCAAGACGAUUCGGCCUUUCAGCUCGGUGUGGGAGCUUCAAAGCCUGUAGCAGUGACUCUCUCCGUGGACAAGCGGUCCGAUUGGACUGCGCGAAUAUCACCCGGGUCGUGGACCAGAGUCAUUACCAAUCUUGUUGGCAACGCCCUCAAAUACACCAAGAGUGGAAGCGUGUCGGUGACGCUUGCCGCUCUCGAUGCCGAUCGCAAUCCAACCGCACCCAAAGGCUCACGCGUGCGACUGAUUGUGCAAGAUACCGGUGUCGGCAUGUCUGCACGCUUCCUGCAACAGGACGCCUACAAACCUUUCACGCAGGAGGAUUCGCAUACUGCUGGCAGUGGGCUUGGUUUGAGUAUCGUCAAGCAGAUUGCCAGUGAUAUGGGGGCCAAAGUCAAGAUUACGAGUGAAUUGGGGGAAGGCACAGUCGUGGUGUUUGAGUGUCCCUUGGCCUUCUCCCGCACGACGAAAUCCACCUCUACCGGACUGGAUAGCCUCACGAGCAUUCCCGCCAGGCGUCUUCAUCUGCUCACCUUACCCGGAGAGCAGAGCGUCAUCACACAGCCCGAUGCGCAUCAAGUUGUGGAAGCGCUGAAAGAUACCGUCUCUACUUGGCUGGAAUGGGAGGUGUCCCAAGGCUCCACAGCCCCGACGACAUCUGAUCCGGUGGUCUACGCAAUCUUCGAGGCCGAUUUGUUGAGGUGGAAGAUCGAGCAAGCCGAGUCCUGGGCCAAUACAAUCUCCACGCUCUCGCCGCAUUCGAGCGGGUUGCUGGUUCUCAAAUCAUCGUUCGAGGCACCUCCUGUUGAGCAAAUCGUAGAGAGCUCCGUUGCUACGGCAGUCGUUCAUCACCCUAUUGGACCGCUGAAGCUCCUCCGAGCGUUUAAUGCGUUACAGAGAACACCGACCACACCGAAGGAAAACGGGCAUGCAUUACCCGGGGCAGACACCUUGUCUCCCGUCAGCCCGGUGGCGAAUGGCGGCAUGCCCUUCCGCAGCACUCGACCAAGCGUCAUGCGAACGGACUCGGAGUUACGGAAAUCGUACUCAGGCCUGUCCCCACUCACCAGCCCCGGCGGCGCAGCAGGUCGAAAAGCGUCGAUUUCCGUCUCCGACUCUGGAUCUACCCAAGGCAAUCCCAAGGCUCUACUGGUGGAAGACAACAUGGUCAACAUGAAGCUGCUCGUGGCCCUUAUGCAGCGCCUCAACUACGAUUACGAAGUCGCGCACAACGGCCUGGAAGCAGUGAGCGUCUUCGCCGCGAAUUUGUCCGCCUUCUCCGUCAUCCUGAUGGACAUGAGCAUGCCGCUGCUCGACGGCUUCGCGGCCACCGCGCUCAUACGAGAUAUAGAGAAACGGACUUCUGCGCGCCGGACACGCAUUGUGGCCGUCACCGGCGUUACGAAUGGGAAGGCGCGGCAGGAUGCGCUCGCGGCGGGGGUGGAUGAGUACCUCACGAAGCCCAUUAGCAUUAAGAACAUCAAGGCCAUCAUGGAUGGUGGAGGGAGUUGAGAGAGAGGAUUGCAUUAUACACUUGAUACCCUGCGGGAGGCUGAGUAGUGAUUGGAUUACAUAGAUGUAUGAAUACAUGUGCGC